CUCGCGUUUGUUGAUGAUGAUGAUGCACCACCCUAACAAUGCGGCGAAUCCAGAGCACGUGAAAGCUAAAACGGGGGUGUGGUGGGACAUCAAUACCUGUCCGAUUCCAGAUGGUUAUGAUGCUCGUCGGGUCCGUCCGAGUAUAGAAUCGGCGUUGAAGAAUUUAGGAUACUCUGGUCCUGUCGAUUUCACUGUCAUUGGGUGCCUAGAAGACAUCUCUGAAAACGUCCUGCGAGGGCUCUCUUCCACUGGGAUCUCUGUUAAACACGGUCGCGCAACCGGACUCAUCGGUGGCUUGUUGAGGUCAUGGCAAAAGCGUAAUUCGGCUCCAGCUUCGAUGAUGCUUAUAACCGAUAAACUGGAGGAUGUGUCUCUGGCUCUUGUCCAUCGACAACAAAGACUGCCUGGAUACAACCUUCUUCGGGCAUAUACACGUAAACCUAAAUAUGUUUCAGUCUUGUACACUACUGCAGAGUGGCUCUGGGAAACCAUACUGGCGACAGAUGAAAUGGAUAUGGAUAAUAAUCAGGAGACACGAAUUCAGUCGUCCGUUCUUCGCAAGUGCUCUACCUCUACCUUAUUUUUAUUGCCCCAAGAGCAUCCGUUUUAUUGCUCAUCAUGCGAUUUUGCUACCCAAAGCCUUGAAACUUUCACUACGCAUCUCUCGGGUGGAGAACAUAAAGAGAUGGAGAUAGACAACGCCAGGUGUAGGGUGCCAAACCAGGAGGGGUACACGUAUAUCGACAAACAAUUACAGGUAAAAGAAAAUCCUCCCACGAGCCAACCUUCGAAGAAGCGAGAUCGGCCUGCUCGUGCUCGCCGUGCCGCAUGAGAGCAGAAUUUCUGCUUAAAAGUACUUAUCUGCGCAAGUCAUCAGUCCUGCAAAUCUCUCAUUUUGCUACUUUAAGUUAUCGUUACUGGCUUUUCUGCCCUUUGUUUUAUGAAGAGAUUGCUAAAGACGUUGUGUUUCUUGAGUGAAGAAGAACGAAGAAUGAAAUGCUUAAAAGAUGUUUCUCUUUAUGUAUGGGGUCGUAUCUAAGUUUAAUUACUAAAGACUAUUUUGAAGAAACCAA